UGCUGCAUGUUGCAUGCAUGACACAUGACAAUAUCUGACAUUUUUUAUUGUUGUGUGAAAAACGAAUGAAAUAAAGAUUUUAUUUAUUAAAACUACGAUCUUGUUUGUUUAAAAGUGUGUGCUAUCAAUUUUUGUGUGAAGCCAACCGAUAAAAUGUCCACCCCACCUCGAGAGACCAUACAAAAACAAAUUCAGCAAGACUGGGCGAACAGAGAAUAUAUCGAAGUUAUCACGGGAAGUAUUAAAAAGAUUACAGAUUUCCUUAAUUCCUUUGACAUGUCUUGUCGAUCACGGCUUGCGACAUUAAAUGAAAAAUUGACUUCAUUAGAAAGAAAAAUAGACUACUUGGAAGCUUGUGUAACCAAAGGAGAAACUUUAACUUAAAUGAGUUGUAUCCAGAGGGAAGAUAAGCAUUUAAUUCUUGUUUUAAACAUAUAAGUACUGAUUGAUUAUAAUAAGAUAUAUUGCUUAUCAUUGGUUUCUGACACCAAAAUCUCUG